AAGAGCUCCGCUCCACAGCAAUACUUCUAUCGUUUGGGAGAUUUUUGUUAGGCGUCUAAAGACCCUGUAGCUUGUUUGCUGUUUCCUCCAGCUUAAAGAAUCGUGUCAGAAGUUGGAGGUCACCAUGGGUCUCGUCUAUCCAGCUGGUGCUGCUACCGUGUCACUCCUAGUGAUCGGGGGCUAUAUGCUUUUCCACGGAGAUGGUGAACAAUUUAAUGUUGGUCAAUUCCUCGAAUCCGUAUCCCCAUAUGCUUGGGCAAACAUCGGUAUCGCGAUGUGCAUAGGUUUAUCAGUUGUUGGAGCAGCGUGGGGUAUCUUCCUCACGGGUUCAUCGAUUGUCGGCGGAGGUGUCAAGGCACCAAGAAUUCGGACGAAGAACUUAAUCUCCAUUAUCUUUUGCGAGGUAGUGGCUAUUUAUGGUGUCAUCAUGGCAAUCGUUUUCUCUUCGAAGCUCAAUCUCGUUGGCGAUGACGAAAUCUUCUCCGGCAGCAACCAGUAUACCGGAUACGCACUCUUUUGGGGUGGUAUCACUGUGGGCAUGUGCAACUUGAUCUGUGGUAUCUCUGUCGGUAUCAAUGGAAGCAGCGCAGCUCUUGCCGAUGCUGCUGAUGGAAGCUUGUUUGUGAAGAUCCUUGUUAUCGAGAUCUUCAGCUCUGUCCUUGGCUUAUUCGGCCUUAUCAUCGGGCUUCUGGUGACACAGAAGGCUAACGAAUUUAAGUAAGGCUGCUUAAUGGUUGACGAGAGGGGGUUUGCUCCGAGAGAAAACCAUGCGAGUCGGGGUAGGAACCAUUGUAUGACUUCUAUGUUACAGCUUCACUUUGUUCUGGUGUUCUAUUAUAUACUGCAUUAUGGCGUAUGGAUCCGAUUUGACUGUAGAGUCUUUUGGGUAUGCGUGAAUAGCAUUGAUUGUCCCGCCGGUUUGCCAUGAUGUCUGGGUUGGUGUACAGUAACAGGCGCCGGGAAGUAAUGGAAGUGCCGAUAUUAUCAAUACGAUAGCGCACUCUUAUG